UAACCAAAAAACAGAAAACUCACAGUGAAAGCUAAGCAAUAGAGGCAAGCUCCGGUGUGUUCAUAUUUUCCUUCAGACUCUCAAGGCCUUAACUUCACAACCCUUUUCGUCUCUCUCAUAUGGCCACCGCACAACCACUCCAGAACGGUUCCGCCGGCAACCUACUAUCACCGGACAAUGUCUCCGCCGCACAGCCACCGGCCGAGGGGGAGGCUGACACCACUGCGGCGGCACCUCCUCCGGAGAGGAGGUGGCUAGGGUGGCCCGGGGAUUGCGUAUUCCGUCUCAUCGUGCCAGUGGGGAAGGUUGGGAGCAUCAUAGGGCGCAAGGGAGAACUGAUAAAGAAGAUGUGUGAAGAGACACGAUCUCGCAUUCGCGUUCUUGACGCUCCCCUCGGCACUCCUGAUCGAAUUGUACUUGUAUCCGGGAGGGAAGAGACAGAGGCAGCCCUUUCCCCUGCAAUGGAUGCGGUGAUAAGGAUAUUCAAGCGUGUCUUUGGAUUAUCUGAAAUUGAUGCUGAGAACAAAGAAUCUGCUGUUGGUCUUGCAUUUUGUUCCAUCCGUUUAUUGGUUGCAUCGACACAGGCUAUUAGUUUGAUUGGAAAGCAAGGCUCGUUAAUAAAAUCUAUCCAGGAGAAUACCAGUGCUUCUGUUAGAGUGCUGUCAGGAGAUGAGCUGCAAUUUUAUGCUACUGCGGAUGAGAGGAUUGUGGAAAUUCAGGGAGAAACCUUGAAGGUCCUUAAAGCUCUGGAAGCAGUAGUUGGCCAUCUGAGGAAAUUUUUGGUUGAUCACAGCGUUCUUCCCCUAUUUGAGAGAAAUUUCAAUGCACCAAUCUCGCAAGACCGUCAAGCAGAGACCUGGUCUGACAAGUCAUUGUUGAAUAGUACUUCACGUACCAGUGUAUUUCCCGAUAUGCCUCUUCCAACAAAAAGGGAUUCUAUCUUGGCUGAGCGUGAAAGUCAAUUGGACUCAUUUCUCCCUUCUUCCACCAUGUCUCUCUAUGGGCAGGAGUCUUCACUUUCUGGUGUUCGUUCUUCUGCCCUAGGCCGUGUUAGUGCUCCUAUUGUUACUACGGUAAUACAAACAAUGCAAAUACCACUAUCCUAUGCGGAAGACAUCAUUGGUAUUCAAGGGACUAAUAUUGAUUACAUUCGUCGCACCAGUGGUGCUGUAUUGACUGUGCAAGAGAGCAGGGUGCCUGAUGAAAUCAUUGUAGAAAUCAAAGGCACCUCAUCUGAGGUUCAAACAGCGCAACAGUUAAUUCAGGAUUUUAUAAGCACUCACAAAGAACCUGUCAGUAUGAAUUACGGCAGGUUAGAUGCAGGUUCGAGGUCUUCGUACUCUCAAUUGGGCACUGCAUCACGCCUCCCAUCUUCGUUGUCAUCACAACCAUACACAGGUUAUGGAUCUUCUGGUUUAGGAGACUACAGUACUUUCAGGCUUUAAAUUGAUUUAUGUGCAAGGGUACUCCUUUUAGACCAAUUUAUUUCUAAUUGCGUCUGAUUGGAGGCUAGUAACGCUUGCAUAUAUCAUGAAACCUCAGAAGAGCUUGUUUUUGUGUAUUUCAUUGAUAUCAUCUUGUAUCUUGGUUAAUUUUAGAGAGGGGACCAGUAGAUGAGAAUUUUUACAGAAAAUGUAAUGAAAUGUCAUUUAGCCAUUUUGACUAUUUUGUUUUUGUUAAGUGCGCAUGUGGGAGCAGCUGCGAUAUCAAAUA